AUGACCUCGGAGGAGCGUUUCUCACGAUCGCGAAAUGGCUGUCUCCAGUGUCGCAAGAAGCAUUAUAAAUGUGAUGAAAAGCGGCCACUAUGUUCCUUCUGCUCAAAUCGAGGCCUGGAUUGUCAAUAUCCUUCUGGGCUGAAAUGGGUGCGUCAGACAAGACCGAUCUUGUCAAGGCAUAGACCGCGAAACAAUAGACAUGGAGAUAGUGGGGAACUGCCCCGUAGCUCCGCAUCAUUAUUGUUGGCUGAUCUCUUUCGUUCUGAUGAAGAGAAGCUUGCCUGGGAGUAUUCUGCGUCGAAGAUGCUGACCCUGAACGAAUUAGAUGUGAGGCUCGUGUCAUCGAAUAUUCCAGCACUCGAUGGCCCGGAUAAUCCGUACCGGCAGUUAUCCUUCACUGCAUUGUCAUCUCCUGUUUUACUCGAAACUAUUGUCUGCAUAGCCACGGAACACAUGCUCAACUUUGGCUUGGUCGAUGUAUCAACAGCAGCACGGCACCAAACACGAAUGCUAAGAACCAUUGGCCAGAAUCUCCAACUGAUUGAAUCGGGAGACACUUGUGGAACCACGGCUAUUGUGACGGCAAACAAUCCUGAUCACGAGGCACUCUUUGCCGCGGUCAUUCUCCAGGGAGUUAUAGUCGCUCAAUCAGCCGAUGGCGUUCUAGAGCCCCACGUCCGCUGUGCUGCUUUCCUCAUGGAGGUUCUAAAUCUCUUCCGUCAAGUGCCACACAAUGUACUCGGGCGAACGACCGUGCAACGAUUCGCCAUGGUCGACGUUAUGCUUGCCAUCUCCCGCCAGCGACGUCCGUUUUCUCCUAGGGACUUUGUACUGCAUAUGCCCGAUGCCGAGACAUGGGAUAAUACCGAGCCAUCAUUCCACAAGAUGACCGGCUGUCCUCAGCCGUUGAUGUGCUUCCUGGUCAGAAUCUCCCAUCUUGCUUGCGACGUGGAUGAAAGAUCGGAACGCUGUGCACCGAUUAAUGAUCUUCUCAGUCAGGCGCAUACCUUGGAAAAUGAUCUUCGGGCAUGGGGCUCUUGUUACUCAGGACAAGUCCCUGAGGAAGGUAUACGCGCGCCUCUGGACAUCCUUACCGAGUGCUUCUACUGGACUGCACACCUCUUGCUUGCGCGGCGUGUGUUUCAAGACCACACCCGGUCUCCGCGGGUGCAACACUUGACACGCACAUGUUUCGAGCUGAUGGACCAGCUUUCUACUGGAGUUGGUCCUGAUUCAUCGCUGCCGCAGCCAUUCUAUCUUGCGGCUCGGGAAGCGAUUACCUUGGAAGAUCGGGCUUGGGUGCGGCAGAAGCAUGAGUCUAUGACGAAUUAUUAUCGUGAGCAACAGCGGAACUUGGCGAUGCAGCUGACCCAGCGCAUUUGGGAGAUUGAAGAUGAACAGUUGAAGAGUGGGAAUAUCUUGGACUCGGAGAAAUUGAUUAAGAGGCUAGACCGGGAGUCUUGUUUGUUUAUUUUUUGA